AUGAGCGGGUCGAGAUUUGAAAGGGAGUUAGAAUUUGUGCAGCUUCUAUGCAAUCCCGAGUAUCUUAGAUGGCUGUUUCAUCAAGGUUAUUUUGAAUCCGAGGAGUUUAGGAGCUAUUUAAGAUACUUAGAAUACUGGAAACAUCCGGAAUACUCGAGGUUUCUGACUUAUCCUCAGUGUUUGACAAUUUUGGAGCAUCUAAAUAGUGAAGAUAUUAAUGAUACAAUGAAAGAGGAAAGUUUUUUUUCGGCCCUAAAUGAACAGCAGUAUUUUAUCUGGCUGAACAAGCAUAGAGAAGAUUGGAAUAAACCGUAG